AUGGCAAACACACAAAGUUACAAUAAUUCAUCAUGCAGUAAUACACAGAAAUGUGUUAUUUUAACGUCACAAUAACUUUAUUUAAUGUGAGAAAAAUCUCAUUUUAUCAGGAAAUUCUCCUCAUUUUGAGGACGAAGAGCAGAAGUUUUUGUUCCUGUGGCAGCAGAGCGUCGUUGUUUCCUCCUGCAGAUGUGUGAGGUUUUUGUACGAGGUUUUUUCACCGUGUUGGUACGUGGACUCCACAGUGACUGAAACUCCACACAGAGCAGAACAAAAACCUCCAGUCUCCUCUGAAGCGUCUGUUUAAAGUCUGGAAACUUCCAGAAUCAACUAAACACAGAGAAACAAAGAGAGUGUGACAGGCAGAAACACAAGUCCAGCUGUGUGUGCUCGUUCCUCGGUGGUUCACAGCUCGCUCUGACUCCAUGGACGUGGAUUUUGACCUUUUUCCAGCUGUUCUGAGGAUGAUUGACAGCUCUGAGGUUUUUGUACGAGGCCGUAACACUGUGCAUUUAUAUUUGGAGAGGCCAUCAGACUCACCGUCACUGCAAAUGAUUCGCUCCCUUUGGAGCCGGACCUGUUCGUCAUGAGUCCUCUGCUGCCGGAGGGUUGGAUGGGGAAGGCGCCGGACAGCCUGGGUCCAGAUGUCUGUCUGGCGGCUGGUUUCCGUCCACAGGUCGGUGAAAUGGUUCUGAAUCUGAAGAACGGUUCUGUCGCUCUGAACACCAGCAGCGCCGCUCUGUCCCGGAUACAGAACAAAUACUUCUUUGCUGGAUUCACCAACGAAACCAUGUUCUCCUGCGAGCUGCACGGCGCCUCGUCCGACAACGACAACAUUGACCGCUGUGCCGACCUUCAUCCAGAGAAAGCCAAGCUGAACUUCUACCUGCUGCAGAUGAACUCAGUCAGAGUGGUGUUCACCAAGGCUCUGGCCUUUAACACCAUCCUCACCAUCAGGGCCGUGCUCUUCUAACACAGCUGACCGUCCAAUCAGGAUCAUUCAUUGAUUGAUUGAUUGGGCUGAACUGUUGAGCACUGUUACUGUUCUUGAUAUUUUAAAUGCAUUUCUUUAUCAUUCAUCUAAAUUAGUUUAGAGAAAGCUACGGUGGCCUCUGAGGGCCACAUAUAUGUGUAUAUAUAUAUAUAUACUGUAUAUAUGUGUGUAUAUAUAUAUAUAUAUUAUAUAUAUAUAUACUCAUAUAUGUAUUUACAUAUGUAUAACAGUAUAAUGCUACAAAUUGAUUGAAAGACAUACAACAGUAAAACACAAUUAUUACGUUUCAUUGUUUUUGUUUUUUAUUUGUUUUUCCUUUUACGUAUAUUUUAGUUUUGUUGCAUUUCUAAAAUUAUAACUUAUCAUGUGCUUUAGACAUUCAACAAAAGCGAUAAAACAGACGCUGUAAAAAUGCAUCAAAUUGAAGUGAAAACACUUGAGAUACGAGCUUUUCUGAAACAAGCUGCACAACGCCAAGACUUCAGGAAGUCACUGGUCCUGGACACGAGUCUGUGCGUUGAGUCUCUGACACAGUGAAGAGACGUUAGUUUGGAUAUAGAAACAUUUCCACCAGCGUCAGGUCAACACAGUUUGUUAAUGUCGUUACUGUUGUAAACUCCAUGUUUGUAGAAAAGGCUCCGUCCUCUUUUCCAGUUGUGCUGUUGUGUUUGAGUGUCCUGAUGUUGUGACAGUUUAUAUUUCUGGUUUCUCAUUAAAACGACGCCUGAGACGAA